AUGCCACUCUUCUUCCGUAAGAAGAAACCCAGCGAUGAUGCUCGGAAACGCCUUGAAUACCAAAUGUGCCUGGCAAAAGCAGCUGGUGCUGAUGACAUUCUUGACAUAUCCAAAUGUGAACUCUCAGAGGUUCCUUAUGGGGCAUUUGCGACUUGUAAAGUCUUGCAAAAAAAGGUGCUGAUUAUUCAUACGAAUAAUCUGACAUCCUUAGUUCCAAAGUCCUGCAGCCUCAUGAGUCUCAUAACUGUGAAGGUUCUAGACCUGCACAACAACCAGCUGGCAUCGCUGCCUGCUGAUAUUGGUCAGCUGACAUCUCUUCAGGUCCUAAACCUUGAAAGGAAUCUUUUAAAAUGUCUUCCGCAAUCUAUAGGAGACCUUGCCCAGCUCCAGAUGCUCAAUGUGAAAGGUAACAAGCUGAAGGAGCUGCCUGCUACCGUGAGCGGCUUGCGAAGUUUGCGCACUCUGGAUAUCAGCGAGAACGUGCUGCAAGAACUGCCGCGGGUGCUGGCUCACAUCCGCACGCUGGAGACGCUGACCUUGGAUGCUUCUUCCAUGACCUACCCAUCACCUGAUAUUUGCAGUGCAGGUACAGAGGCCAUUCAGCAGUUCCUCUGCAAAGAGUGUGGAAUUGCGUACUACCCUCCCUUGCAGUAUCUGCACACCGCGCUGGAGAGCGACGGAGGAGGAACAUCGGAGGAUGGGGUGGACAGGGCAGUGCAUAAGUACUUGGAGGAGGAGAGCGAGUGGCAGAACAAAUUCUUGGAUUAUGAGAAGAGGAAGGAAAAAAAAAUGCAGGAGAAGCUGGAAUUUGAGCGACGCCUGAGUAUGGGGCAAAGAGAACAUGCUCUGCUUGUUCAGCAGAUCAACAGUCAGAAGGAUGAGAUGCUGCAGACAGUGAGAGAGGACCAGAUGAGGCUGGAGGAGGGUCUGACAAAGCACCAGCGCUAUUUGGAGGAGGAGCGCCUGAAGCUGCUGCAGCAGUUGAAGCAAGCGGAGCAAGGCAUUGCCAGCCGUAUCCAGAAGCUGCUAGAGGACAAUCAGAGGCAAAAACAAAGUUCAGACAUUCUGAAAUCCUUGGAGAAUGAGAGAAUAAGGAUGGAACAGCUGAUGGCAAUAACACAGGAGGAGACGGAGCAUCUACGCAGAAGGGAAGUGGCCUCUGCCAUGCAACAAAUGCUGGCCGAGAGCUACAAGAACAAGCUCAUCCAAAUGACCUACGAGUCUCGUCGGCAAGACCUCGUCAACCAGGCCUGCUCCAGCCUAGCUGAGAUGGACCAGAAGUUCCAGCAAAUCCUGGCUUGGCAACAGCUGGAUCAGAACAAGGCUGUUAGUCAGAUCUUGCAGCAGAUUGAGAUGCAGAAAGCUGCCUUUGAAGCUCUCCAGGUGAAGAAGGAUCUAAUGCACAGGCAGAUCAGGAACCAGAUUAAAUUAAUAGAAACAGAGUUAUUGCAGUUGACACAGCUGGAGUUAAAGAGGCAAGAACUGGACACAGAGACGCUGCAGGGGGUGAUCACAGAGCAACGCCAGGCUCUCGGCUACCUGCUGCAGCAGCUGCUCAAAGAAAAGAAGCAAAGGGAAGAAGAACUGCAGCAAAUACUGCUGGAAAUGGAGGCAAAGAGCGAAACCAAACAGGAGAACUACUGGCUGAUCCAGUAC